AUGGCAAAAAUAUCGAACAAGUUUGCUGGAAGAUGGCGACUAAUCUCUUCCUACGAGAAUCCUAGACAAUCCGGCGAAUGCAACCAAGCAAACUAUGAGCUUAUUAAUGCUAACACUUACAGCGUGGUAAACACCCACGUGCUCAAUCAAAACCAGCUCUCUGUAUCUGGAACCGCUGUUUUAGCUUCAAAUGAUGGAAGCGCUAGGUUAACAGUAAAUAUUGGCACAACGUCAGUCAGCUAUUGGAUUCUUGAAACUGAUUAUGAAAACUAUGCUCUUGCCUACAGCUGUCAAAAUCUGGCCAAUAACCAACAAGAAGUUAAUGCUUGGAAACUAAGCCGCUCUACCACACUUGAUAUUGAUUCCAACAACAGAAUCAACACUCUUAUCACCAGUAUCGCAUCGCCUGUAUUGGUCAAUAACCUUUUCGUAAACGCAGACCAAUCUGACGCAGCUUGCUUCUACUAUCCUGAUAUUCCACUAGGACAGCCUGUUAUAUUCCCUGGACAAUGCGAUCCUAAUAUUAAUGUUAUCAGUAACUUGGAUUUGAACGAAUUUCAAGGAGACUGGGUCCUGAUCCAGACGUAUUACGCUGAGCGGCAGUCAGGCACUUGCAACCGUGCCAGAUACACUCUGAACGGCAAUGUUUUGAACGUGGAGAACAGUCACGUGGUGAACCAAAACCGCGUCUCAGUUUCGGGAACAGCAACAUCUCCUACUGGUGAUGGCAAAUUGGUCGUAAACAUCGGAACAAAUGCACCUGUCAACUAUUGGAUAAUUGGAACAAAUUAUGAGUCGUACGCUCUGGCUUACAGCUGCCAAAAUAUAGACAGCCAAACGCGAAGAGUUUGGAGUUGGAAACUAAGUCGUACAACUUCGUUGGAUAACGCAGAUGCCCAAAUUAUAAAUAACCUAAUGAGCAACAUAGAUGUCCUGGACAAUAGAUAUUUCCAAAACGCAGAACAAUCUGCCGCAGCUUGCUUCUACUAUCCUGAUAUUCCACUAGGACAGCCUGUUAUAUUCCCUGGACAAUGCGAUCCUAAUAUUAAUGUUAUCAGUAACUUGGAUUUGACCGAAUUUCAAGGAGAAUGGGUCCUGAUCCAGACGUAUUACGCUGAGCGGCAAUCAGGCACUUGCAAUCGUGCCAGCUAUACUCUAAACGGAAAUGUUUUGAACGUUGAGAAUAGUCACGUGGUGAACCAAAACCGCGUCUCAGUUUCGGGAACAGCAACAUCUCCUGCUGGUGAUGGCAAAUUGGUCGUAAACAUCGGAACAAAUGCACCUGUCAACUAUUGGAUAAUUGGAACAAAUUAUGAGUCGUACGCUUUGGCUUACAGCUGCCAAAAUAUAGACAGCCAGACGCGAAGAGUUUGGAGUUGGAAACUAAGUCGUACAACUUCAUUGAGUGAUGCAGAUACUCAAGCUAUAAAUAACCUUAUGAGCAACAUAGAUGUCCUGGACAAUAGAUAUUUCCAAAACGCAGAACAAUCUGCCGCAGCUUGCUUCUACUAUCCUGAUAUUCCACUAGGACAGCCUGUUAUAUUCCCUGGACAAUGCGAUCCUAAUAUUAAUGUUAUCAGUAACUUGGAUUUGACCGAAUUUCAAGGAGAAUGGGUCCUGAUCCAGACGUAUUACGCUGAGCGGCAAUCAGGCACUUGCAAUCGUGCCAGCUAUACUCUAAACGGAAAUAUUUUGAACGUGGAGAACAGUCACGUUGUUAACCAGAGGCGUCUCUCAGUUUCGGGGACAGCGACAUCUCCUUCCGGUGAUGGAAAAUUGGUCGUAAACAUCGGCUCAAAUCCAGCUGUCGAUUAUUGGAUUAUUGGAACAAAUUAUAACUCGUACGCUCUGGCUUACAGCUGCCAAAAUAUAGACAGCCAGACGCGAAGAGUUUGGAGUUGGAAACUAAGUCGUACAACCUCAUUGAGUGAUCCAGAUACUCAAGCUAUAAAUAACCUUAUGAGCAACAUAGAUGUAUUGGACAAUAGAUACUUCCAAAACACAGAACAAUCCGAAGCAGCUUGUUUUUACAAUCCUGAUAUCCCACUAGGACAACCUGUUAUACUGCCAGGACAGUGCGAUCCUAAUAUAAAUGUUGUCAAUAGCUUGAAUUUGGAUCAAUUCCAAGGACAAUGGGUUCUGAUCCAGACGUAUUACGCUGAGCGGCAGUCAGGCACUUGCAACCGUGCCAGAUACACUCUGAAUGGCAAUGUUUUGAACGUUGAGAACAGUCACGUGGUGAACCAAAACCGUCUCUCAGUUUCGGGAACAGCAACAUCUCCUAAUGGUGAUGGAAAAUUGGUCGUAAACAUUGGCUCAAAUCCACCUGUCAACUAUUGGAUUCUAGGAACAAACUAUAAUUCAUACGCUCUGGCUUACAGCUGUGAAAAUCUAGACAGUCAGACACGAAGAGUUUGGAGCUGGAAACUAAGUCGCACAACUUCGUUAAGUGAUGAAGAUAAUCAAGCUAUAACUAACCUAAUGAGAGACGUGGAUGUCCUGGACCAAGGUUACUUCCAAAAUGCAGACCAAUCUGACGCAGCUUGCUUCUUCUAUCCAGAAUUUCAGGCGACUGAACCAGUUAUAUUCCCAGGACAAUGUGAUGUUAAUAUUCCUGUAGUCAGCAACUUUGACGUCUCCAGGUUCCAAAAUGAAUGGGUCUUGAUCUCAUCCUAUUACUCUGCGCGGCAAUCAGGCUCUUGCAAUCGAGCUCGAUAUACGUUGGAUGGAUCUGUGCUGAACGUUGUCAACAGUCACGUGGUGAAUGAAGCUCUUCUAUCAGUGUCAGGGACCGCCAGAGUUGUGUCUAAUGGAAAGCUGGUAGUAAAUAUUGGAAAUAAUCCAGCUGCAGAUUAUUGGAUUCUCGAUACGGAUUAUGAGAACUUCGCUUUGGCAUAUUCUUGCGAAAACAUCAACAGUGAACAACGCAGAAUUUACAGUUGGAAGCUCAGUCGGUCCAGGACUCUAUCAGCCACGGGAAAUACAGCAAUAAAUAACGUGAUGAGCAACGUUAAUGUGUUAAACGAGCGCUACUUUGAAAGAGCAGAUCAGACAGACGCCGGUUGUUUCUACUUCCCUCCAGUAAACGAGAAUGCACCAGUUAUCUUCCCUAAUCAAUGUGACAUGAGUGUCCGAGCACAAUAUAACUUCAAUGUAACGGCGUACUCAGGCACGUGGUAUCAAAUUCAAAGGUAUCCUCAGCGAUUUGAAAGUGGAGAUUGUACGGGUGCAAGAUAUACAUUGAACGGUGACGUCGUUACUCUAUUGAACUGGCAACGAAUUGACGGAGUAUUGGAUACUAUUGAAGGAAAUGCUACAAUCAUCUCUGCUGACGGCAGUGCUAAACUGAGAGUCACUUUGCCAUCUCGAGCACCUAAUGCAUCUCCCGACGACGUGAACAUAAGUGAAUUAUACGUUCUGACCACAGACUACGAGACGUACUCCCUCGUCUAUAGUUGCGUCAACGUGGACGCCUAUCACCGUGCGAUUGGCGCGUGGAAGCUCAGUCGAACGCGCAGCAUGCCGCCAGCCGGUACCACCGCCAUCGACGCCUACAUGGCAAAUAGACAGGAACUCGAAAAUAGAUACUUUGUCUCAGUACAACAUAGCGACGAAUGCCCAGAACCCAGCUCAGCCAUGCUGUACAAGAGCAGCUUUACUAUAUUAUUCGUAUUGUUCCUAGCCCUUCUUAACUUGUCCUAGAUAUUAAACUAGUUGUAAUUAUUAUAUCGUGUUAAGAGUUAAGUAUUAUCUAAUCAUAUUUAAACUUAUCAGUAAUUUAAAAACGCCGGCGCUGACGUCAUACUGCUAUAAAGAUUUAAUCAUUAUGGCUGUGUAAAGAAGUGGGUGUCGAAUUUAGAUAAAUGUAUUUAUUGAAUGUAAAAUCGAAUGUAUAUGUGAAAUAAAUAAAUUAUUA